CCGCGGAGGGAAAAGCCACUCUCCGUGGGCGAUGCUGGCGGUGCUGGCCGUGCUCUGCGGCGCGGUGACGGUAGCGACGGCGACGACGGGGACGACAGCCCUGACAUUAGCCGUGGUGUUACCCGAACGCAACCUCACCUACCCGUGGGCUUGGCCACGCGUGGGACCGGCGGUUCGUUUGGCCGCCGCUGCCGUUAACGCCCGCCCCGAUUUAUUACCCGGGUUCACCCUCCGGUGGGUUUUUGGGAGCAGCGAGGACAGCCACGGGGUUUGCUCCGAAAUGGCCGCGCCGUUGGCUGCCGUCGAUCUACGGCUCGCUCAUCACCCCGACGCUUUCCUGGGGCCCGGUUGUGUCUACACGGCAGCCCCGGUAGCCCGGUUCACCAGCCACUGGCGGCUGCCACUGGUGACAGCGGGGGCCGAAGCCCACGGCUUCGACGACAAGCGGGAGGAAUUCGGCUUGACCACCCGCGCCGGUCCCAGUCACCGCAAACUGGGCGAACUGGGAGUCCAGCUUCAUCGCCGCUUCAACUGGACCCGUCGGGCUUUACUGGUUUACUGGGACGAGAAGGUGGAUGACCGCCCCUACUUCUUCGCCGCCGAGGGGCUCUACGUCCAGCUGCCCACGCUGCGCAACCUCACCGUCAUGGACGUGGUUUUCCGCGACGGUGGCAACUUCUCCUUCAUCAUCCAGGAGAUCAAGCAGAAGGGACGCAUCGUCUACGUUUGCUGCGCCCCCGAGACGCUGCGGGAGCUGAUGCUGCAGGCGGGGCGGGAGGGGCUGACCCGAGGGGACUUCGCCUUCUUCUACAUCGACAUCUUCGGGGCCAGCCUGCAGGGCCAGAGCUUCCCCGAGCCCCAGAGGCCCUGGAGACGUGGAGACCACCAUGACGCCAGCGCCCGGAGGGCCCUUCGAGCUGCUGUCCCCCCCCAGGCUGUCACCAUCAUCACCUACAAGGAGCCCCAGAACCCCGAGUACCCCGAGUUCCUGGCCCGGCUGAAGGAGGAGGCUCUCACCCACUUCAACUUCUCCAUGAAGGAUGGCUUGAUGAACUUCAUUGCUGCUGCCUUCCACGACGGGGUCCUGCUCUAUGCCCAGGCUGUCAAUGAGACCCUGGAGCGAGGUGGCUCUGUCACAAACGCCUCAGCCAUCACCCGACAGAUGUGGAACCGCACCUUCUAUGGUGUCACCGGCUUCCUGAAGAUCGAUGAGAACGGGGACAGGGAGAGUGACUACUCCCUGUGGGACAUGGACCCGGUGCAGGGGGACUUCCAGAUCGUGGCCAACUACAACGGCACCACCAAGAAGAUUGAGAUGGUGCCAGGGCGUGAGAUCCAUUGGCCAGGGAACGUGGUCCCCUCCGAUGUCCCCCCCUGUGGCUUUGAUAACAGUGACCCCCUGUGCCGCAAAGCCAACCUCUCCACCCUGGAGGUCUUGUCCCUCGUGGUCAGCUUGAUCCUUCUGGCCAUCAUCAUCACCUCCUUCUUCAUCUACAGGAAGCUCCAGCUGGAGAAGGAGCUGGCGGCCGAGCUGUGGCGGGUCCGUUGGGAGGACGUGCAGAUGAGCAGCUUGGAAAAACAUCUCCGGAGCGCUGGCAGCAAGCUCACCCUCUCCCUGAGGGGCUCCAACUAUGGCUCCUUGAUGACGGCAGAAGGGCAGUUCCAGGUCUAUGCCAAGACAGCUUAUUACAAGGGCAACCUUGUGGCCGUGAAACACCUCAACCGCAAGCGCAUCGAGUUGACACGCAAGGUCCUCUUUGAGCUGAAACACAUGCGGGAUGUCCAGAACGAGCACCUGACCCGAUUCAUCGGCGCCUGCACCGACCCCCCCAACAUCUGCAUCCUCACUGAGUACUGCCCACGGGGGAGCCUCCAGGACAUCUUGGAGAACGAGAGCAUCACACUGGAUUGGAUGUUCCGCUAUUCCCUCACCUAUGAUAUUGUCAAGGGGAUGCAGUUCCUGCACAACGGGGUCAUCGUGUCCCAUGGGAACCUCAAGUCCUCCAACUGCGUGGUCGACAGCCGCUUUGUCCUGAAGAUCACGGAUUACGGGCUGGAGAGCUUCCGUGUGGCCCCCGACGCCGAGGACUCCCACGCCCUCUUUGCAGUGAAGAAGUUGUGGACGGCGCCGGAGCUGCUGAGGAUGGAGACCCCCCCGGCCAGAGGCACCCAGAAAGGGGACGUCUACAGCUUCGGCAUCAUCCUGCAGGAGAUUGCCCUGCGCAACGGGGUCUUCUACGUGGAGGGGAUGGAGCUGAGCCCCAAAGAGAUCAUUGAGCGGGUGAAAAGUGGGGAGCGCCCCAGCUUCCGCCCCUCAGCCAACGUGGGGUGCCACAUGGAGGAGCUGGGUCAGCUGAUGCAGCACUGCUGGGCCGAGGACAUCCUGGAGCGCCCCGACUUCAACCAGAUCAAGGUCCAGCUCCGCAAGUUCAACAGGGAGAACAGCAGCAACAUCCUGGACAACCUCCUGUCCCGCAUGGAGCAGUAUGCCAACAACCUGGAGGAGCUGGUGGAGGAGAGGACCCAAGCCUACCUGGAGGAGAAACGCAAGGCUGAGGCCUGCUCUACCAGUCCUACCCACUCGGUGCAGAGCAGCUGAAGCGGGGGGGAGACAGUGCAGGCUGAGGCCUUCGACAGUGUCACCAUCUACUUCAGUGACAUCGUGGGCUUCACGGCCCUGUCAGCUGAGAGCACCCCCAUGGAGGUGGUGACACUGCUCAACGACCUCUACACCUGCUUUGACGCCAUCAUUGACAACUUUGACGUCUACAAGGUGGAGACGAUCGGGGACGCCUACAUGGUGGUGUCGGGGCUGCCGGUUCGCAAUGGGAAGCUCCACGCCCCCGAGUGGCACGCAUGGCCUGCCCUGCUGGAGGCUCAGGGUUUCCGGAUCAGGCACAGACCCCAACAGCAACUGAGGCUGAGGAUUGGGAUCCACACAGGGCCGGUCUGUGCCGGCGUGGUGGGUCUGAAGAUUCCGCGGUACUGCCUGUUCGGGGACACGGUGAACACCGCCUCGCGCAUGGAGUCCCACGGGGAGGCCCUGAGGAUUCACAUCUCGGGGGUGACCAAGGCCGUGCUGGAGGAGUUUGGGUGCUUCGAGCUGGAGCUGCGGGGGGACGUAGAGAUGAAAGGCAAGGGGAAGGUUCGGACCUAUUGGCUGCUGGGGGAGCGGGGGGGGCAGCACCCGGGGCUGACCCCUCCCACCCAAACAAGACACGGGGAGGGGGGGCUGACCCCCCCAAAACCCCCACCGAACCCGCGGGGCCGUUCCCAGCCCCCCCAAUCCCCAGGCUGGGCAGGGGUCCCUCGGGGGGGGGGCUGUACCCCCCUACCCCUCAUUUAGGGACACACACACACCACACACGACCACC